AUGUCCUCCUCCCAUCGCACCUUGGGGCAAAAGAUCAUGCACUUCCUCUUCCACUCGCCAACAGAGAGUGAUUUGGGCCUGCCUCCUCCGAAGGAGCAUCUGACAAAGUCACAAGCUAUGGAGAAAAUUGAAUACGCUUGGGACCAUCCCUUGCAUCCUCAGAAGAAAGAAGAAAGUCCAAAGGAAUCCGAGCAUCAUGAACAUCAUGAGCAUAACCACAAGACUAUGGGACAGAAGAUUUCGCACCUCCUUUUCGAUGUGCCCCAUGACAGCGACUUGGGUGUUCCUCCUCCGAAGAAACAAAUGUCUAAAGAGGAGGCCCUGAAGUUAAUUGAGUAUGCUUGGGACCAUCCAAUGCACCCUCAGAAAGAUGAGCAUCCCAAGAAGGCUAAGAAUGUUGAACAUGAAAAACAUCACCACGAGGACAGCCACGAGGACAGCCACGAGGACAGCCACGAGGACAGCCACGAGACCUUGGGACAAAGGGUGUCCCACUAUUUGUUCGAUGCCCCUCAUGACAGCGAUCUUGGUCUCCCUCCUCCGAAGCAACAGCUUUCAAAGGAAGAAGCUCUCAAAGCAAUUGACCAUGCCUGGGAGCACCCUUUCAACCCCAAAGCUGUGGCACAGCACUAG